AUGCUCAAAGCUUUUGCAAACGCCUAUGCUGCGACGCUGGCUGAUCCGCAGCUAAACACCAAUAUCCAGCUGGUCAAAGAAGCCCUGUAUCACAGAAACUACGAGGAGGCCUUCAAUUCUCCAGAGAGACUCAGAGCCUACAUUGUGCGCUGGUCGCCGGCUAGAGCUCUGGCUUACACGCACAUAUUCAAGCAGUACGAGGCCAUUGGCCAGGCACUCGCUCCGGAAUCUAAUGUGCUGUGUAUUGGGGGGGGUGCAGGUGCUGAGAUUGCUGCUCUGAGUAACUUCCCGAACGUGAGAGUGACGGUGAUUGAUCUCGCAGUUUGGGAACCAGUUGUCGAACCUUUGACUCAAGCAUUAGGCACCCAGGUUAAAAUAAUCAACGACGACGCAUUGAGAAUUCCGUUUAAUCCUGCCGAGUUCGACGUGAUCACGUCGCUGUUCACUACAAACGAGUUGUUUACUCAGUCCAAAGCCGGCACUCUAAAGUUCUUAGCUGCCCUCACAGCCAAGUGCCGGCCAGGAACGCUUUUUGUCAUUAUUGAGAGUGCGGGCUCGUACUCCACUGUCGAUGUCAACGGCAAGACUUUCCCCAUGCAAUUUUUCCUCGACUAUACUUUCAAAAGAGACUCGUGGGAGCAUGUUUACCGCUCAGACGCUGAAUGGUAUCGAACCCCUCAAGAAGUCGAGCAGAAUUACCCGUACAAACUGGAAAAUAUGCGAUACAUGAUACGGGUUUACCGGCAUCUUUAA